UUUUACAUUAUAUAUAAUUAUAACCCUUUAUUUUGUAUUUUUUGUCGUAUUUUUUUUCUCAAAACUCGCUCAAUGAAUAGAAGCAGAAGUACUAUGAGCGGAAAUUCCGCUCAUUACGAGGUUAUAGAAGAGCUAGAGGAGUUACCUGGAGAGGAAUUGGUGGAAUUAUACAAUGCCAGUGAGAUAGCUUACAAGUACGUGAUGUUGGAAAAUAAGUUUUUGUUAUUGUACAUCGAGAAAAACGACCCGAUACUUUACCCUAUGACGAUUAAACGGAUGGAAUUACUGGAUCAGAAGGCGAAAGACAGCACCAAGCCAAGAGAUUCCACGGAAAGUGGUUCAACAGAUGGUAGAUCCAGUCAAUUAUCUGCAAACACAGCGAGGUCGUUUAUAAGACAUUCAAUGAUUGGAAGUGGAUCACUUAGUGUUGCGGGAAGUACCGUAUCUGGAAAUACAAAAUCUAUUGGCACUUCUGAAUUAAGAUUCAGAAAAAAAGUGUUGACACAUUUUAUGAAGACGGAAAUGCUCCUUGAAAUAAUGGAAGGUUCUCAGAAAGCCUAUAAUUCCUUCAAAAAAUCCUCCAAUGGAAUUUUGGAAACUUAUAGAGCCGAGACAGAAGAGGCAAAGAUUUAUAUAGGCGAAGGUCAAAUAUCUUUGGACACUUUUGAGCAAACUGUGGUUGUUGAAGGGCUUGAUAGAAUAAGUCAAAGAAUACCAGCAGAAAAAUGGCUAAAAUAUAUGAACAACUGGACCAGACAGGGUCAGUUUAUAGUACAAAAACUGUUGCUGCACAAAAACAACGAAGCAAUAACUUUGAGAAAACUGAAGUCAGUGCUUAAAGAGCGACAAUUAUUGGCGGAAAACAUUCACGCCGUCGAUUUCGAUCAACUGACGAUAGAAAAUAAGAAUUUAAAGACAAAAAUCGACCAACGAAGCAAAUUCGUUAAGGAAUUAAAAAAACUAAACGGUUGGGCUAAUGUUAUUUUGAGCAACUCCAGGUACUUUUUGCAGAGCCAGUUUAACGAUAUUAGCCAAUUUAAGUUUUUGAAAGAGCAGUCGGAAAAUCGGCGGGAAAAUAUUGACAAGGAAUCUGUGAAAGUACAGGGCGAAAUAGAAGAUGCCAAGAAGAAAUACGAAGAAUGUAAAACUUCUAGAUGCCAGAUACAAUGGAGUACGUGGCAGCGAAAUCAAAUCUGAGAAACACAUAUAAAAAAUUAAAAGUUGUAGAAAGACAACAACAAAUUUUGGACAUUGCUUUAAACGCUUGCACGGGCCAAAUGAAAAGCAUACUAAAAACGAAAAAAAUCGACACCAAAUGGUUUGAGAGUUAUAAAAUAAGCGAUAAUCCAUCGUUUAGCGAAUUUAGUGAUGGUGAAUUUAAAAUGUAAUAAAGUUAUAUACCCAACUUAAA